AUGUCCGAUACUGGUCCUCCUGGCGCGCCCCCAGCCGACGCUCCAACCAAAACCUACGACGCGUCAUGCCACUGCGGCGCGUUCAAGUACUCUGUCACUGCGUCUCCUCCGCUCGAUGACCCCAACGCGGUUCUAGUGGAGUGCAACUGCAGUAUCUGCGUAUCCAACGGUUAUCUUCUUAUCUACGUGCCUAACGAGCGUGUCGUUUUCUCAAACGGUAGUAUCGAGCAGUUCAAGUCUUACUCUUUCGGAACUAAGAGAAUGGGCCACUACUUCUGCGGUACCUGCGGUGCAUCGUGCAUGAUCCGCUCCAAAGAUCCGGAUUUCUUUGCCGGUAUGACGUGUAUCAAUGCACGCAUGCUGCAGGGUGUUGAGCUUGAGAAAUUGAAGCGUAAGUCUGUCGACGGGAAGAGCUUCUGA